AUGAGGCGGACUCUCCCCACCCCCGGGUCACAAAAAUUGGCAAUCGCAUUCUUAUUACAGUCAAGAGGAUACGAUAGCGACGAGAGAAGUCAACAUGGCAACCAAAAAGAUCUUCUUCCGCUUUUUCUGCUUCAUUCUUUGUUUUCUCUAUUCUUCUCCCUUCUUUUCGCCAUUUUUUUUCUUAUUAUUUCUCUUUUUUCUUCGCCAUUUAUCUUCUUCUUCUUCUUCUUCUUCUUCUUCUUCUUCUUCUUCUUCUUCUUCUUCUUCUUCUUCACUAUUCUCCUUUUUUAUUUUCUCUAUUCUUCUCCCUUCUUUACAUCAUUCUACUUCUUUAUUUUCUGUUUCUGUCUUUUCUUCUUCAUAACUAUUCUUCUUCUUCUCCACUAUUCUCCUUUUUUAUUUUCUCUAUUCUUCUCCCUUCUUUACAUCAUUCUACUUCUUUAUUUUCUGUUUCUGUCUUUUCUUCUUCAUAACUAUUCUUCUUCUUCUUCUUCUUCUUCUUCUUCUUCUUCUUCUUCUUUUUUUAAUACUUUAAUCUUUCCCUUCCAUUUUCAUGCUUCUUUUUCACCAUUCUCCUCCUUCUAUUUCUUCACCAUGUCUCCUUCUUCUUCUUCUUCUUCUUCUUCUUCUUCUUCUUCUUCUUCUUCUUCUUCUUCUUCUUCACCAACUUCUUCUUCCUUACCAUUCUCUUUCUUUUUAAUUUUCGGUUUUCUUCUCUCUUCUUCUUCUUCCCUUCUUCUUCUUCUUCUUCUUCUUCUUCUUCACUGUUCUCUUUCUUUUAAUUCUACUUAUUCACCAUUUUCCUCGUUUUUCAUUUUCUGUCAUCUAUCUUCUUUUCACCAUUCUUAUUCUUCUUGUUCUUGUUCUUCUUUUUCUUCUUCUUCUUAUUAUUAUUCACCUUUCUCUUUCUUUUUAAUUUUUUGUUUUCUUCCCCCUUCUUUUCACCAUCUGUCUCCUUCAUUUUCUGUUUUUCUCCUUUCUUCUUCAUCAGCAUUCUUCUUCUUCUUCUUCUUCUUCUUCUUCUUCUUCUUCUUCUUCUUCUUCUUCUUCACCACUUUCAUGCUUCGUCGGCUUUACCAUUCUCCGCCUUUUUUUUCAUUUUCUGUCAUCUUCUUUCUUCUUUUCUCCAUACUUCUGUUUCAUUCUUCUUCUUUUUCAUCUCUUUUCUUUGACGCUUAUAGCCUUUUCCUCUUCUUAUCCAUGUCUUUCGGGUCGUGUUCUUCAUCUCAGCCCAACAGACACUGUCAAGUUCGAAGGGUGGGAUCAUGUGACCAGUCAAGUGUCUCACCCAUUUUCUCAUCUAUCUAUCUAUCUAUCUAUCUAUCUAUCUAUCUAUCUAUCUAUCUAUCUAACGUGCUAUCUAUCUAUCUAUGUCAGUCACUAUUCAUAUCUAUCCAUCUAUCUAUCUAUCCAUCUAUCUAUCUAUCUAUGUCAUUCACUGUUCAUAUCUAUCUAUCUAUCUAUCUAUCUAUCUAUCUAUCUAUCUAUCUAUGUCACUCACUGUUCAUAUUUAUCUAUCUAUCUAAAUCAGUCACUUCACUAUUCAUAUCUAUCUAUCUAUCUAUCUAUCUAUCUAUCUAUGUCACUCACUGUUCAUAUCUAUCUAUCUAUGUCAUUCACUGUUCAUAUCUAUCUAUCUAUCUAUCUAUCUAUCUAUGUCACUCACUGUUCAUAUUUUAUCUAUCUAAAUCAGUCACUGUUCAUAUCUAUCUAUCUAGCGAUGUAUCUAUCUAUCUAGCUAUGUCAGUCACUCUUCAUAUCUAUCUAUCUAUCUAUCUAUCUAUCUAUCUAUCUCAGUCACUGUUCAUAUCUAUCUAUCUAUCUAUCUAUCUAUCUAUCUAUCUAUCUAUCAGUCAGAUUCUUCCUGAAAUAAACCCUCCGACAUAG